GACUAAUGGCAAAGGAGUAAACCAACAUGGCAGCUAUGGUCCCACCUGUGAAGCUGAAAUGGCUUGAACAUCUAAACAGCUCCUGGAUCACAGAAGACAGUGAAUCUAUUGCAACAAGGGAGGGAGUUUCUAUCUUGUAUGCUAAGUUAGUCAGCAAUAAAGAAGUGGUGCCAUUGCCUCAGCAGGUUCUGUGUCUCAAAGGACCUCAGUUACCAGAUUUUGAGCGGGAAUCUCUAUCUAGUGAUGAACAGGACCACUACUUGGAUGCCCUUCUUAGCAGCCAGCUGGCACUGGCGAAGAUGGUGUGCUCAGACUCUCCAUUUGCUGGAGCGCUUCGAAAACGUCUCCUUGUGUUACAGCGUGUCUUCUAUGCACUUUCUAAUAAGUAUCAUGACAAGGGUAAGGUGAAACAACAGCAGCAUUCUCCAGAAAGCAGUUCUGGCUCAACAGAUGUGCAUUCUGUCAGUGAACGUCCUAGGUCAAGUACAGAUGCGCUCAUAGAAAUGGGGGUUCGGACUGGAUUAAGUUUGUUAUUUGCACUGCUAAGACAAAGCUGGAUGAUGCCCGCAUCAGGACCUGGCCUCAGUCUUUGCAAUGAUGUUAUCCAUACUGCAAUAGAAGUAGUGAGCUCUUUACCACCUUUAUCUUUAGCAAAUGAAAGCAAGAUUCCACCAAUGGGGUUGGACUGUUUAUCACAAGUAACAACAUUUCUUAAAGGAGUAACAAUUCCAAACUCUGGGGCAGACACUUUAGGUCGUAGAUUAGCUUCUGAAUUGCUUCUUGGUUUGGCUGCCCAACGAGGUUCCCUGCGAUAUCUUCUUGAAUGGAUAGAAAUGGCUUUAGGUGCUUCAGCUGUAGUAAACACCAUGGAGAAAACCAAGUUGCUGCAAAGCCCAGAAGGGAUGAUCAGCUUUGAUUGCUUUAUGAGUAUAUUAACACAGAUGCGGCGAUCUUUGGGAUCAUCUGCUGAUCGAAGUCAAUGGAGAGAACCGACUAGAACAUCUGAUGGCUUAUGUUCUCUUUAUGAGGCAGCUCUGUGUUUAUUUGAAGAGGUUUGCCGAAUGGCAUCAGACUACUCAAGGACAUGUGCCAGCCCUGACAGCAUUCAAACGGGUGAUGCUCCCAUUGUUUCUGAGACCUGUGAAGUGUAUGUUUGGGGUAGCAACAGCAGUCAUCAACUGGUAGAAGGAACUCAAGAGAAAAUACUUCAACCCAAGCUUGCUCCAAGUUUUUCUGAUGCACAGACGAUCGAAGCUGGACAAUAUUGUACUUUUGUUAUUUCUACGGAUGGUUCUGUUAGAGCCUGUGGUAAAGGCAGCUACGGGAGACUAGGACUGGGUGACUCCAAUAAUCAGUCCACAUUGAAGAAAUUGACUUUUGAGCCUCACAGGUCUAUUAAAAAAGUGUCAUCUUCAAAAGGAUCUGAUGGUCACACUUUAGCAUUUACAACAGAAGGGGAAGUCUUCAGCUGGGGUGAUGGUGAUUAUGGAAAACUGGGACAUGGGAAUAGUUCGACUCAGAAAUAUCCCAAACUUAUUCAGGGUCCUCUGCAAGGAAAGGUUGUUGUAUGUGUAUCAGCUGGAUACAGACAUAGUGCUGCUGUUACUGAAGAUGGAGAGCUAUACACAUGGGGAGAGGGAGACUUUGGAAGAUUAGGUCAUGGUGACAGCAACAGCCGCAACAUUCCAACCUUAGUAAAAGAUAUUAGCAAUGUAGGAGAGGUUUCCUGUGGCAGUUCACAUACAAUAGCUCUGUCCAAAGAUGGGAGAACAGUAUGGUCAUUUGGAGGAGGAGAUAAUGGCAAACUUGGUCAUGGUGAUACAAAUAGAGUAUAUAAGCCUAAAGUUAUAGAAGCCUUGCAAGGAAUGUUUAUUCGAAAAGUUUGUGCUGGGAGCCAGUCUUCACUUGCUUUGACAUCAACAGGGCAGGUUUAUGCAUGGGGCUGCGGUGCAUGCCUUGGCUGUGGCUCUUCAGAGGCAACUGCUCUCAGACCCAAGCUGAUUGAAGAACUGGCUGCUACGAGAAUAGUUGAUAUUUCGAUUGGUGACAGUCACUGUUUGGCACUUUCUCAUGAUAAUGAAGUUUAUGCUUGGGGUAACAAUUCAAUGGGACAGUGUGGUCAGGGAAACUCUACUGGUCCCAUUACUAAACCAAAGAAAGUAAGUGGUUUAGAUGGAGUUGCAAUUCAACAAAGUUCAGCAGUAACGUCCCAUAGCCUUGCCUGGACAGCUCUUCCAAGGGACAGGCAAGUUGUGGCAUGGCACAGACCCUAUUGUGUAGACCUUGAAGAAAGUACCUUUUCUCAUCUUCGUUGUUUUCUUGAGCACUACUGUGACAAAAUCAACAGUGAAAUUCCCCCUCUUCCUUUUCCUUCAUCAAGGGAACAUCACAAUUUUCUUAAACUGUGUUUGAAGCUUCUUUCUAAUCAUCUUGCACUUGCGCUGGCUGGAGGUGUAGCUACUAGCAUUCUUGGCCGUCAAGCUGGUCCUCUUCGAAAUCUGUUGUUUAGACUAAUGGACUCUUCUGUCCCUGAUGAAAUUCAAGAAGUUGUAAUUGAGACUUUGUCAGUAGGAGCAACUAUGCUACUUCCUCCAUUGCGAGAGAGAAUGGAAUUGCUACAUUCUCUUCUACCCCAAGGUCCUGAUAGAUGGGAAAGCUUAUCAAAAGGACAGAGAAUGCAAUUGGAUAUUAUUCUGACAAGCUUGCAGGAUCACACCCAUGUAGCUUCCCUCCUUGGCUAUAGCUCACCAUCUGAUGCCACAGAAACUGCUUCAUUAUGUAUCAGCUAUGGAAAUCUCUCUGAUCAAACGUAUGCUGUUCAGAGUAGUCAUCCGGAUACUCAUCUAGCUGAAAUCUUAAUGAAGACUCUUCUAAGAAAUUUGGGAUUUUAUACAGACCAAGCCUUUGGAGAACUGGAAAAAAACAGUGAUAAAUUUUUACUGGGUACAUCAUCAUCAGAAAACAGCCAACCUGCUCAUCUUCAUGAGCUUUUAUGUUCACUGCAGAAACAGUUGCUGGCUUAUUGCCACAUCAACAGUGUUAGUGAGAAUUCAAGCAGUGUGGCACUGCUUCACAAACAUCUCCAGCUUUUAUUGCCUCAUGCUACAGAUAUCUAUUCCCGUUCUGCAACACUGCUUAAGGAAAGCUCUUGGAAUGGUAGUGUUGGGGAAAAACUGAGAGAUGUAAUUUAUGUAUCGGCUGCUGGUAGUAUGCUCUCUCAGAUUGUCAACUCAUUAUUGUUACUGCCAGUAUCAGUAGCUCGGCCUUUGUUAAGUUACCUGCUAGAUCUGUUGCCACCUUUAGAUCGUCUUAAUAGACUGUUACCUGCUGCAGCCCUUUUAGAAGAUCAAGAAUUGCAGUGGCCACUUCAUGGUGGACCUGAAUUAAUUGAUCCUGCUGGAGUACCCUUACCACAGCCUGCCCAGUCUUGGGUGUGGCUUGUUGAUCUAGAGAGAACUGUAGCUUUGCUUAUUGGGCGGUGUCUUGGUGGCAUGCUUCAAGGACCUCCAGUGUCCCCCGAGGAACAAGACACAGCCUACUGGUUGAAAACUCCACUUUUCAGUGAUGGAGUGGAAAUGGAUAUUCCUCAUUUAGACAAAUGCAUGAGCUCCUUAUUAGAAGUGGCCCUAUCUGGAAAUGAGGAACAGAAGCCAUUUGAUUAUAAGCUGAGACCUGAGAUUUCUGUCUAUGUUGAUUUGGCCUUGGGUUGUACAAAAGAGCCAGCAAGGAGCCUCUGGAUCAGUAUGCAAGACUAUGCUAUUAGUAAAGAUUGGGAUACUGCAACUUUAAGUAAUGAAUCACUCCUAGAUACUGUGUCCAGAUUUGUUCUUGCAGCUCUUCUGAAACAUACAAGUUUACUUAGUCAAGCUUGCGGUGAGAGCAGGUACCAGCCUGGCAAAGCCUUGGCAGAAGUUUACCGUUGUGUAUAUAAAGUUCGGAGUCGCUUGCUUGCCUGCAAGAACAUGGAACUUAUUCAGACUAGAUCAUCCUCAAGAGACAGAUGGAUGUUAGAUAACCAAGAAUCUGCUGAUGUUGACACUCAAGAACAUUCUUUCACUCGUACAAUUGAUGAAGAAGCAGAAAUGGAGGAGCAGGCAGAACGCGACAGAGAAGAAGGACACCCAGAACAAGAAGAUGAAGAGGAGGAAAGAGAACAUGAAGUUAUGACAGCUGGUAAAAUAUUUCAAUGUUUCCUAUCAGCCCGUGAAGUAGCUCGCAGUCGGGAUCGAGAUAGGAUGAACACUGGGACAGGGACUAGACUUGAUGAGCAAGAAGGUCAAGAUGUGUAUACUGCUGCGUGCAACUCUGUGAUCCACAGAUGUGCCUUGUUGAUCUUAGGAGUAAGCCCUGUUAUCGAGGAGCUCCAAAAACGAAGGGAGGAUGGACAGUUACAGCAGCCUCCCUCUACUACUACUGAGGGAAUCGGACUCAUGACAAGGAGUGAAAGUCUUACUGCAGAAAGUCGCUCAAUCCACGCCAACUCAAGCUACAGACUGAUUAAGUCAAGAAGUGAAUCUGAUUUAUCUCAGCCAGAAUCAGAUGAGGAAGGUUAUUCACUGAGUGGAAGACGAAAUGUUGAUUUGGAUUUGGCAUCAUCACACAGAAAGAGGGGAGCAAUACACAGUCAAGUGGAACCUUUAAGUGACUCAUGGGCUCGACUAAAACACAGCAGAGAUUGGUUAUACACUUCCUCCUACUCAUUUGUUGAGUCCAAUUUUGAUCUCUCAAGAUCCCUUGGAGUCCAUACUUUGAUUGAAAAUGUUGUCAGCUUUGUAAGUGGAGAUGUGGGCAACUCGCCAGGAUUUAAGGAACCAGAGGAAAGUAUGUCCACCAGUCCGCAAGCAUCAAUAAUUGCAAUGGAACAGCAGCAGUUGAGGGCUGAACUUCGUCUGGAAGCACUUCAUCAGAUUUUAGUGCUUCUAUCAGGGAUGGAGGAAAAAGGCAGUGUGCCAUUAAUGGGAGGUCGUCAAGUACCAGGAUUUCAGUCAUCUUCAUUGCUUACUUCUGUUAGACUACAAUUUCUUGCUGGCUGCUUUGGUUUGGGUACUGUAGGACAUGCAGGCACCAAAGGAGAGAGUGUAAGAUUGCAUCACUACCAGGAUGGUAUCAGAGCAGCUAAAAGAAGUAUCCAAAUUGAAAUCCAAGUGGCUGUGCACAAAAUUUACCAGCAAUUAUCUGCUACACUAGAAAGAGCUCUGCAAGCUAAUAAGCAUCACAUAGAAGCACAACAGCGUCUUCUGUUGGUAACAGUCUUUGCUCUAAGUGUACACUAUCAGCCUGUUGAUGUCUCCUUGGCCAUUUCCACGGGUCUGCUAAAUGUGCUAUCACAGUUGUGUGGCACAGACACCAUGUUAGGACAACCACUGCAGUUGCUGCCCAAAACUGGUAUUUCCCAGCUCAGCACAGCUUUGAAAGUAGCCAGUACAAGACUACUUCAGAUCCUCGCUAUCACCACAGGAACCUAUGCUGACAAACUGAGCCCAAAGGUGGUCCAGUCUUUGCUGGAUUUAUUAUGCAGUCAGCUGAAGAAUUUGCUAUCACAAGCUGGUGUGAUGCUUAUGGCUUCCUUUGGAGAAGGGGAAGGUGAGGAAGAUGAAGCAGAAUCAAAAAAGGCAGAUUCAAAUGGGGAUAAUGAGAAGAGAGACUUCAGAGCUGCCCUCCGAAAGCAACAUGCAGCGGAAUUACACUUGGGAGACUUUCUUGUUUUCCUACGUAGAGUUGUGUCUUCAAAAGCAAUUCAGUCAAAAAUGGCAUCUCCAAAGUGGACAGAAGUACUUCUUAACAUUGCUUCUCAGAAGUGUUGCUCAGGAGUUCCCUUGGUUGGCAAUUUGAGGACUAGACUUCUUGCACUUCAUGUACUAGAAGCUGUAUUACCUGCUUGUGAAUCUGGCGUUGAGGAUGAUCAAAUGGCUCAGGUUGUUGAACGAUUAUUCUCACUUCUGUCUGACUGCAUGUGGGAGACUCCAAUAGCUCAGGCUAAACACGCAAUUCAAAUAAAGGAGAAAGAACAAGAAAUGAAGCUACAGAAGCAAGGAGAGUCUGAAGAUGAAGAUGAGAAUCUUCCCAUACAGGAAGUGUCCUUUGACCCUGAGAAAGCUCAAUGCUGCAUAGUGGAGAAUGGGCAGAUGUUAACUCAUGGAAGUGGAGGUAAAGGAUAUGGUUUAGCAUCCACUGGAGUUACUUCUGGGUGUUACCAGUGGAAGUUCUACAUUGUGAAGGAGAAUCGAGGCAAUGAAGGCACGUGUGUAGGAGUUUCUCGCUGGCCAGUACAUGAUUUUAACCAUCGCACUACCUCAGAUAUGUGGCUAUAUAGAGCCUAUAGUGGUAACCUUUAUCACAACGGAGAACAAACUUUAACUCUGUCCAGCUUUACCCAAGGAGAUUUCAUCACAUGUGUAUUAGAUAUGGAAGCAAGAACUAUUUCCUUUGGUAAAAAUGGAGAGGAGCCAAAACUAGCUUUUGAAGAUGUGGAUGCAGCAGAGUUAUACCCUUGUGUUAUGUUCUAUAGCAGUAAUCCAGGAGAAAAGGUUAAAAUCUGUGAUAUGCAGAUGCGUGGUACACCAAGGGAUUUGCUACCAGGUGACCCUAUCUGUAGUCCUGUCGCUGCAGUGCUGGCAGAAGCCACUAUCCAACUCAUUCGUAUGCUUCACCGCACAGACCGUUGGACACACUGCAUCAAUAAAAAAAUGAUGGAAAGACUGAAUAAAAUCAAAACAUGUCUUAAAGAAGCAGGCCAAAAGCUGAAGAAAAGUCGCUCAAUUCAAAGUCGAGAAGAGAAUGAGGUGAGAGAGGAGAAAGAAAAUAAAGAGGAGGAGAAAAGCAAACACAGCAGGCAUGGUCUGGCUGACCUUUCAGAACUGCAGUUGAAGAUGCUUUGUGUGGAAGUGUGGCCUGUUCUAGCAGUAAUUGGUGGAGUUGAUGCUGGUCUUAGAGUUGGAGGUCGAUGUGUACACAAGCAAACGGGACGUCAUGCCACCUUGCUUGGAGUAGUGAAGGAAGGCAGUACAUCUGCCAAGGUCCAAUGGGAUGAAGCAGAGAUUACUAUCAGCUUCCCAACUUUUUGGUCGCCUAGUGAUACUCCACUGUAUAAUCUGGAGCCCUGCGAACCACUGCCUUUUGACGUUGCAAGAUUUCGUGGGCUGACAGCUACUGUGUUGCUGGACCUUACCUAUCUGACUGGUAUUCAUGAAGAUAUGGGAAAGCAAAGCACCAAGAGACAUGAGAAAAAACACAGACAUGAAUCUGAAGAUAAAGGGGAAAUGGACCAGAAAACGGAGGGCGAUGUUGGAUCGGAUGCACGAUUAGGACAAAGUGCUGAUGAUAACAAAGUACACAGUGCUACAAGCUCUAAGUCAGAAAAUGAAAUUGCUUCCUUUUCUUUAGAACCAUCAACGCUAGGUAUGGAAUCCCAACACCAACCUGCUGAAGGAAGAAAAAAGAAUCAUGAACAUGCUCCAAGAAAUCAUGAUAUAGUGCAGUCAGAAAUCAGAGCAGUACAGCUAUCUUAUCUUUAUCUUGGUGCUAUGAAGUCACUUAGUGUUCUUCUUAGUUGUAGUAAAUACGCUGAACUACUGUUGAUACCAAAAGUCCUGGCAGAAAAUGGUCACAACUCUGACUGUGCCAGUUCUCCAGUUGUUCAUGAAGAUGUUGAAAUGCGUGCUGCCUUGCAGUUCCUGAUGCGACACAUGGUGAAACGGGCAGUCAUGCGUUCACCGAUCAAAAGAGCUCUAGGACUGGCAGAUUUGGAACGAGCACAAGCCAUGAUCUACAAAUUAGUGGUUCAUGGUCUGCUGGAGGAUCAGUUUGGUGGCAGACUUAAACAAGAAGUAGAUCAACAAGUAGAAGAAGGCGAUCCAUCUCAGCAAGCCCAAACACCAGUUACAACCAGCCCUUCUGCUUCUAGCACGACAUCUUUCAUGAGCAGCUCUCUGGAGGAUACUACCACUGCUACUACUCCGGUAACUGAUACUGAAACAGUUCCUGCCUCAGAAUCACCUGGUGUUAUGCCUCUCAGUCUUCUUAGGCAAAUGUUCUCCAGUUAUCCUACUACAACUGUACUUCCAGCACGACGUGCUCAGACUCCCCCAAUAUCUUCUUUACCAACAUCUCCUUCAGAUGAAGUUGGAAGGAGACAAAGUUUGACUUCUCCUGAUUCCCAGUCUGCAAGGCCUGCCAAUCGUACAGCUUUGUCUGAUCCAAGCAGCCGACUUUCAACAUCCCCUCCUCCUCCUGCCAUUGCUGUUCCAUUGUUAGAAAUGGGGUUCUCCCUCAGGCAAAUUGCAAAAGCCAUGGAAGCUACAGGUGCUAGAGGAGAAGCAGAUGCACAGAAUAUCACAGUGCUGGCCAUGUGGAUGAUAGAGCACCCUGGAAAUGAAGAUGAUGAAGAUCCCCAGUCAGAAGGGACUGCAGAUUCACGACAUGGGACGAUAGUCUCUGGAAGUGGUGGAAAAUCUGCUGAUCAUUGUUAUUUGCAGUCACCAGGUGAUAUCCCUUCUGCUGAUGCCGCUGAAAUGGAGGAAGGCUUUAGUGAAAGCCCUGAUAAUAUGGAUCAUGUGGAUAAUGCAGCUUCUGCAAGUGGACCUCCUUCUAGGAGUCGGUCAGCUGUGACGAGAAGACACAAAUUUGAUUUAGCUGCCCGAACAUUGCUAGCACGUGCUGCGGGAUUAUACCGCUCUGUGCAGGCCCACAGGAAUCAGAGUCGAAGAGAAGGGAUAUCUUUGCAGCAAGAUCCAGGGGCACUUUAUGACUUCAACUUGGAUGAAGAGUUGGAAAUUGACCUUGAUGAUGAAGCAAUGGAAGCUAUGUUUGGGCAAGACCUGGCUAGUGAUAAUGAUAUUCUGGGAAUGUGGAUCCCAGAGGUAUUGGAUUGGCCUACCUGGCAUGUUUGUGAAUCUGAAGACAGAGAAGAAGUAGUGGUUUGUGAACUGUGUGAAUCCAGUGUUGUCAGCUUCAAUCAACACAUGAAAAGAAACCACCCAGGCUGUGGCCGUAGUGCAAAUCGCCAGGGCUAUCGUAGCAAUGGUUCUUAUGUAGAUGGAUGGUUUGGUGGUGAAUGUGGAAGUGGAAAUCCUUACUAUUUAUUGUGCGGCAUCUGCAGAGAGAAAUACUUAGCCCUGAAGAGUAAAUCUAAAACGUCAACUUCUGAAAGGUACAAAGGCCAGGCUCCUGAUUUAAUAGGUAAACAAGACAGUGUCUAUGAAGAAGACUGGGAUAUGUUAGAUGUAGAUGAAGAUGAAAAGCUGACAGGAGAAGAGGAGUUUGAAUUACUGGCUGGACCUCUUGGGUUAAACGAUCGACGUAUUGUACCUGAACCUGUACAGUUUCCUGACAGUGACCCUCUGGGUGCUUCAGUUGCAAUGGUGACAGCCACCAACAGUAUGGAAGAAACAUUGAUGCAAAUAGGUUGUCAUGGCUCUAUAGAAAAAAGUUCUUCUGGCAGGAUAACCUUAGGAGAACAAGCAGCUGCCCUAGUAAAUCCCCAUGACCGUGUUAUGGCUCUAAGAAGAGUGACAGCUGCCGCCCAAGUCCUCCUUGCAAGAACUAUGGUUAUGAGAGCGCUUUCACUUUUGUCUGUCAGUGGUUCCAGUUGUAGCCUGGCAGCUGGUCUUGAAUCCUUGGGAUUAACAGAUAUCAGAACUUUGGUUCGUUUAAUGUGCCUCGCUGCAGCAGGGAGAGCAGGCCUCUCCACGAGCCCAUCCACUGUGUCAAGUUCAACAGAGCGAUCUAGAGGAAUACACAGCAAAACAAGCAAGCCUAUAUCUUGUCUUGCCUAUCUGAGUACAGCAGUAGGCUGUUUGGCAUCAAACACUCCUAGUGCUGCAAAACUGCUGGUACAGUUAUGUACACAGAAUUUGAUUUCUGCAGCAACUGGUGUAAACUUGACAACAGUUGAUGAUCCAAUUCAGCGGAAAUUUUUGCCAAGUUUUUUAAGAGGCAUUGCAGAAGAAAACAAACUUGUCACGUCUCCGAAUUUUGUGGUUACUCAAGCACUUGUGGCAUUGUUGGCAGACAAAGGGGCCAAACUGAGGCCAAAUUAUGAUAAAGCAGAAAUUGAAAAGAAAGGCCCUCUGGAGCUGGCUAAUGCACUAGCAGCUUGCUGCCUCUCUUCAAGGUUAUCUUCACAACAUAGGCAGUGGGCUGCUCAGCAGCUGGUGCGAACUCUUGCAGCACAUGAUCGAGAUAACCAAACUAUUCCUCAGACCCUCGCUGAUAUGGGGGGAGACUUACGAAAAUGUUCCUUCAUAAAAUUAGAGGCUCAUCAGAACAGGGUCAUGACAUGUGUUUGGUGCAAUAAAAAGGGACUUUUGGCGACUAGCGGAAAUGAUGGCACCAUAAGAGUGUGGAACGUUACAAAGAAGCAGUAUUCAUUGCAGCAAACUUGUGUGCUCAACAAGCUAGAAGGUGAUUCUGAAGAAAGUCUGGGAUCACCCAGUGACCUUAGUUUGUCUCUUGUAUGUUGGAGCAUCAGUGGCAAGUAUCUGGCUGGAGCUACGGAAAAGAUGGUGAACAUAUGGCAAGUCAAUGGAGGAAAAGGAUUAUUAGAUCUUCAGCCUCACUGGGUAUCUGCUCUAGCUUGGCCAGAAGAAGGGCCAGCUGCAACAUGGACAGGAGAUGCUCCGGAAUUAUUAUUAAUUGGUCGUAUGGAUGGAUCUCUUGGUCUUAUUGAAGUUGUAGACAUUUCAACAAUGCACCGGCUAGAACUGGAACACUGCUACAGAAAGGAUGUGUAUGUCACAUGCCUUGCCUGGUUCAGUGAAGACAGACCAUUUGCAGUUGGCUACUCGGAUGGAAAAUUGCUAAUAGGAACAAAGGAACCACCUGAAAAAGGAGGAAUUGUUCUAGUUGAUGCACAUAAGGAUAUGAUUGUUAGUAUGAAGUGGGAUCCAACUGGUAAGAUUCUCCUGACAUGUGCCAAAGAAGAAACAGUGAAACUCUGGGGAUAUAUGGGAGGAUGUUGGAGACGUCUGCAUUCGCUGUCCCAUCCAGCUCUUGUGAAUGGCAUUGCCUGGUGUGCUCUUCCAGGGAAAGGACCCAAGUUGCAGCUUUUACUAGCUACAGGAUGCCACAAUGGUUUGGUGUGUGUUUGGACUGUUCCCCAGGACAUAAUAAUCACAUUGCAGUCCAGCUCAACUUGCUCAGAAGGGUGGUGGGACCAAGAAGCAAGUGCCAAGGACGGAUACAGAAAAGCAGUAGAAGUCAAGUGUGUAUUUCAACUGAGAGGACAUAUUACUCCCGUUCGGACUGUUGCAUUCAGUCCUGAUGGACUGGCAUUAGUGUCUGGUGGACUUGGUGGUCUCAUGAAUAUUUGGUCUUUACGGGAUGGUUCAGUAUUGCAGAGCGUUGUGAUAGGUUCUGGAGCUAUUCAGACUGCUGUAUGGAUACCUGAAGUUGGAGUAGCUGCUUGCUCUAACAGAUCAAAGGAUGUGUUGGUAGUGAACUGUACAUCAGAGUGGAUAUCUUCCAAUCAUGUCCUUGCAACAUGUAGGACUGCGCUGAAACAGCAAGGAGUUCUGGGAUUAAAUAUGGCUCCUUGCAUGCGAGCUUUCUUGGAACGUUUGCCAAUAAUGCUUCAGGAACAGUAUGCUUACGAAAAGCCUCAUGUUGUUUGUGGAGACCAGCUUGUUCAUAGUCCUUAUAUGCAGUGCUUGGCAUCACUCGCUGUGGGCCUUCACCUAGAUCAGCUCUUGUGCAAUCCUCCAGUACCACCUCAUCACCAGAACUGCCUCCCUGAUCCUUCAGCUUGGAAUCCCACAGAAUGGGCCUGGCUAGAGUGUUUCUCUACUACCAUAAAAGCUGCUGAAGCCCUGGCCAAGGGAGCACAGUUCCCAGAAUCCUUUACUGUGCCAGACCUGGAGCCUGUUCCAGAGGAGGAGCUUACUCUCCUAAUGGAUAACAGUAAAUGGAUCAAUGGUAUGGAUGAACAGAUAAUGUCUUGGGCAACAUCAAGGCCAGAGGAUUGGCACUUGGGAGGCAAAUGUGACGUGUAUCUGUGGGGAGCAGGAAGACAUGGACAGUUAGCAGAAGCUGGUAGAAAUGUCAUGAUACCAGUAGCAACACCUUCAUUCUCUCAGGCUCAGCAGGUUGUUUGUGGUCAGAAUUGUACUUUUGUCAUUCAAGCCAAUGGCACAGUUUUGGCUUGUGGAGAAGGGAGCUAUGGGCGACUGGGACAAGGAAAUUCUGAUGAUCUUCAUGUGUUAACAGUUAUUUCAGCACUGCAAGGCUUUGUUGUAACACAGCUGGUGACCUCUUGUGGAUCUGAUGGACAUUCUAUGGCUUUAACAGAAAGCGGGGAAGUCUUUAGCUGGGGAGAUGGAGAUUAUGGCAAACUGGGACAUGGAAACAGUGACAGACAGCGCAGGCCUAGACAAAUAGAGGCUCUGCAAGGAGAAGAAGUGGUGCAGAUGUCAUGUGGCUUCAAACACUCAGCUGUGGUGACAGCAGAUGGCAAACUUUUUACAUUUGGAAAUGGUGAUUAUGGUCGAUUAGGACUUGGAAAUACUUCCAAUAAGAAACUUCCAGAAAGAGUGACAGCGCUGGAAGGUUACCAGAUCGGACAGGUGGCCUGUGGACUCAAUCAUACUGUAGCUGUGUCAACAGAUGGCUCAAUGGUUUGGGCUUUUGGAGAUGGAGAUUAUGGGAAACUUGGUUUGGGAAAUUCCACUGCAAAAUCCUCACCACAGAAAGUGGAUAUUCUUUGUGGAAUUGGAAUAAAAAAAGUUGCCUGUGGAACGCAGUUCUCCGUUGCACUGACAAAAGAUGGUCAUGUGUAUACUUUUGGACAAGAUCGUCUGAUAGGUUUGCCGGAAGGUCGAGCUCGAAAUCACAACAGACCCCAACAAGUUCCAGUUCUGUCAGGGAUCUUCAUUGAAGACAUAGCUGUAGGAGCAGAGCAUACGCUAGCUUUAUCUUCAACAGGGGAUGUGUAUGCUUGGGGUAGCAACUCUGAAGGGCAGCUUGGACUGGGCCAUACCAACCAUGUCAGAGAACCAACCCUAAUAACAGUCCUUCAAGGAAAGAAUGUCCGACAGAUUUCAGCAGGGCGUUGCCACAGUGCUGCCUGGACAGCUCCUCCUGUUCCACCAAGAGCUCCAGGGGUUUCAGUGCCUUUACAGCUUGGUUUACCUGAUGCCAUUCCACCACAAUAUGGGGCACUGAAAGAAGUGAGCAUUCAUACAGUGAGAGCAAGGCUCAGACUGCUAUACCAUUUUUCUGACCUCAUGUACUCUUCAUGGAGAUUACUCAACCUCAGUCCCAAUAACCAGAACAGUACAUCUCAUUACAAUGCUGGAACAUGGGGAAUAGUUCAAGGACAGCUAAGGCCCUUGCUAGCACCACGAGUAUACACGCUCCCCAUGGUACGCUCUAUAGGAAAAACUAUGGUUCAGGGGAAAAACUAUGGGCCACAGAUUACUGUGAAAAGGAUUUCAACCAGAGGUCGGAAAUGCAAGCCCAUUUUUGUACAGAUAGCAAGACAAGUAGUAAAGCUGAAUGCAUCCGACCUUCGCCUACCUUCCCGUGCCUGGAAAGUGAAAUUGGUUGGAGAAGGAGCUGAUGAUGCAGGUGGAGUGUUUGAUGACACUAUUACAGAAAUGUGUCAGGAACUGGAAACGGGAAUAGUAGACCUGCUUAUUCCUUCCCCAAAUGCUACAGCUGAAGUAGGCUACAAUAGGGAUAGGUUUCUCUUUAACCCUUCAGCAUGUUUAGAUGAACAUCUGAUGCAGUUUAAGUUCUUGGGCAUUCUCAUGGGUGUAGCUAUUCGUACAAAAAAGCCAUUAGAUCUUCAUUUGGCUCCAAUGGUCUGGAAGCAACUUUGUUGUAUCCCACUCAUCUUGGAGGAUUUGGAAGAGGUAGAUCUGCUCUAUGUGCAGACCCUCAACAGCAUUCUUCACAUUGAAGACAGUGGGAUUACUGAAGAAAAUUUCCAUGAGAUGAUUCCUUUAGAUUCCUUUGUUGGCCAGAGUGCUGAUGGUAAAAUGGUUCCCAUAAUCCCUGGAGGGAACAGUAUCCCACUUACCUUUUCAAACAGGAAAGAAUAUGUGGAGAGGGCAAUUGAGUACAGACUCCAUGAAAUGGACCGUCAGGUGGCUGCUGUAAGAGAAGGAAUGUCUUGGAUUGUUCCAGUUCCUUUGUUGUCUCUUCUGACUGCCAAGCAGUUGGAGCAAAUGGUUUGUGGAAUGCCAGAAAUAUCAGUUGAAGUGCUGAAGAAAGUUGUGCGAUACAGAGAAGUUGAUGAGCAGCAUCAGCUAGUACAGUGGUUCUGGCAUACCCUUGAAGAAUUUUCAAAUGAGGAGAGAGUCCUUUUCAUGAGGUUUGUGUCAGGAAGAUCUCGAUUGCCAGCCAACACAGCUGAUAUCUCUCAGCGAUUCCAAAUAAUGAAGGUUGAUAGGCCUUACGACAGCUUGCCUACCUCACAGACUUGUUUCUUUCAACUGAGGCUCCCACCUUACUCCAGUCAACUAAUCAUGGCAGAGCGUUUGCGCUAUGCAAUCAAUAAUUGCAGGUCUAUAGAUAUGGACAAUUAUAUGCUCUCACGGAAUGUGGACAAUGCAGAGGGCUCAGACACAGAUUAUUAACAUUCUGUGAACAAAAUCAUCUUCCUUUUACUACAAAUAGUGCCCUAAGUCCAAUUCAUUGUUGACAUAAUUUUACAGUAACCAUAGAUGUUUUAGGAGCAUAAAACCAGAUGUUAAUAGACAGUGGCCACAUUUUAGUUACUCUAAAUGUAACAAAAAAUUAAUGUUUUUAUUUUUUUGUGAUUGUAAAAAAGAAAAAAAGAAAACAAAAAAAGUAUGAUCAGUAAGUUUUUUCUUCUUUUUUGGUCACUUUUGAUAAGUUUGCAUGGAGACAUUUUGGUGCAUUUUUGUUGGGAAUAGUACAUUUGUAAGCCCUCCCAGUGAACAUGAAGAGUGUAUAUUGUGUAUAAUUGUUCAUUAGCAAGGACAGUUUUACAUGAAUAUUCACAAUAUUUAUUUUGUUUUAAUUUGAAUUGCCUGUGCAGGGUUCCUUAUGCAGAGAAAAAUAAAGCAAAUACAAGAAUUGGUUGCUUGGUAUGCAUUUGUGAACUGUCAUUGCUUUACUCAGUCUUCAUACUUUUAUAUUUGGUCCCAGAAAUUAUAGUAUUAUAGUGUUUAGACAGGAUGUGACAUCUGAAGCAUCUUAAAAUGUUUAUCUUCAACGAACCUGAUGUGUAGUACUGUGCGUUCUUAAUGUCUUUGAGGUACUGACUUUUUCGGGUAUACCACUAUUUUAUUCUUCAUACUUCAAUACAAGUUAACAUUGUACUUGGUUCCUUCUUGAUUUUAAUUUAAAUGUUUUUCUCCUCCAGAGUAGGAGUUGUUGACAGGAAUAACAUACUACCACCUUGACCCAGAAACCUUUAAACUUUUGUCCAAAAAAAAAAAAUAAUCCUUUUUAAUCUACAGAUGGAUGUAGGUGAUUCCUAAUCAGUGUACAGUUGAGGCUGUGGAUAUUAUGUACAUUCUUAGUUUAUGCCUUUGAUUUUAGUAAGUUUCACCUGUUUGCUCUCAUUUCCUUGCAGCUGUAAUUGUAUUCUGAUCAGCAGGGUGUGGCUUACACGGUGAUGUUCAUAUUUGGUUAGGACAGUAAUGCACUGUACAGAGACAUGUUUGUUCUGUGUUUUAGGGAAGUGCUGAAGAAUAGAUAAUUGUCCAGUGUCUCUAUCGAAACCAUGAUUUAUGUCAAACCAGAAAUGCUGCUUGGUGUUCAGGAGCACGAUUUAACUGGGCUGAGGAAAAGGGUAGAAUCUGUCCCCAGGUGACCCCCUCCUCAUUCCCACUGAACUCCUUGGUAAGGAUGCUGUGGGCCCUAGUGCUAGCGAGAACAUUUAUUAACUUAAUCUCACCUGGGACAAGGCUGGUCCAUCCGAGUCUGGAGAAGGGGGUAGAAAUUCCUGUUGUUUUCCCUGACGUGAUUGUGGUAUGUUAGCAGGGUUCGGCAGGGCAACUUCACAGUUGUGACUGAGACUGAACUGGUGUAUUGCUGCCAGCUGGCAGUGGGCAAAGGGCUCACUUGCUAGAUAAGCUGUAAAAAUUUGCAGAUACUUGUUUUAUCUGGUGAAAUUCUUUUGGUUAGUAUUAGUUGUUGGCUUAUGAAAAAGGCAAAAGCUUCUUGAGCUAUGACCAAGAACCAGACUGCAAAAUGCAACUCCUAGAGGGGGUCUCUCAGCAGUUUGGGGGAAGGAGGGACCUGGGGCUCUGAAAUCAUGCAGACUUAGUUUCCUGCCUCAUUAAGGUUCCAAAUCGGACUGAGAUUUUGGUGUCCCAUCACUAUGUUGUGGGGGAGUAUAUUCACAUCUUGGUCUAAAUUUAUACGUGUCAUACAUGAAAUAUAUAAGGUUACAAAUAAAAGGGGAAACUGCUAUAUGAAUUCCUGUAUUAUUGCCCACUAGACUUCAUUUAUGUGUCUGAACUAGUGCUACUAAUUUGUCAGUCUGUUUCAAUCAGGCACAGAAAAUAAUGGAACUGUGCCUAAAAAUUACAAACUUGUAUGGACUAUGCAGUUGGCUUCUUGGAUAAUGAGGGUAUUUUUGGAGGCAGUUUACAGUAAAGUGAAAGAGGAUGUCGAUAUUGGUAAAUACUGAUUGCUUUAAAUGAGACUGUUUUGAUUGUGCUUUUCCCUUGAAUAACCUAUCUUAGCAUCACUAAAACUAUCAAGCGCUUAUUAUUUUUAUAUUAUCCUACUGUUUGUUUUCACCAUAAUUAUAUUGUGCAUACAUUCCUUUUAGCCUGCUAAUUAACAUUUUUCUGUUGCUCAGGCAUCUGAGUGAGACUGGAAUCAUGUUCAAGUUUGCAUAAUGCUUCUUAUACAUAAUUGCAUACAAAGGUAAAGAAUGUACAGCACCGGUUAUGUCCUACAAUUGGAGACCAUCUGAGAACGUUCUAACUUCAUGUCAAUUGAAGGGUAUUUUAAGUAUGUAAGCCUCUCCCUAUAUAGAAAGGAGAAUAUUGCCAGUGAAUGUCUGCAUUCUGUAGUACAAGUAGGUCUCAUAUGCAGUUAUUUAAAGAAAAAAAUAUGCGACUAUCUUGUAACAAACCUUUCAGUGGCAGCUUUGUUGCGCUAGACGGAGUUGGUGGUAGCAAGGUGGACCACAAGGGAUUUCCAGAUACCAUACCUCAUUUCCUUUCUGCCUUUCAGCAUCGGAUGGUAUGUGUGUGACUGAAGCAGGGGGUAUCAGUGUAACAAAUGCACUUCAGAGGUGUGUGACAAUGUGUUUAUCUAGACCCAUUUCAAAUUAAUAUCAGAUACGGAGGUGCACAGUAAGCUUAGAAGUGUUUAGAAUCUAACAUAACUAGAGAAAAACAGCUUGAAAAGCUUUAGCCACAGAAGUAAUGUGCUGGGUAGGUAUUACACAGGAAAGCACUUAGUUGCCAAAAGCCUACGUCUCUUGUUGAACAGGAUUGCUGCUUAUUUUUUGCUGUACGUGAGUAGCACCUAAUAUUUUCCUUACACCUUAGAUAACGCUGAAGAAGCACUGACUCUCUGGUUUAUAAGGCUGUUGCUUCUUGAAGCCUGUAAUUUCUGCUUCUUACCCUGUUUUUACCCUGCGAUUAGAUAAUUUCUUCUCUACCACCUCUGGUAUUUCCAAUCGCUUUUUCCUAUUUUUUUUUUUUCUUUCCCACCUAGGAAGUACAUCCCUAACCUUCUGGGCUAUUAGACAGCUGGAUAGCCCUUUUGAACAGGUAGGCACACUGCCACAGAGAGAAGAUGAACAGCCAGUCCCCAGACUUAGAGGUAGGCAAGUUACUUCUACUGGUGAAGCCUCACUCUUUCUGGUGCUAUCGGUGGUAGUGUUGGGUCAUCUGACAGAGCUGGAAUGUAGCGGGAGUUCGUGUCUGUCAUGCUCAGAGGGGACUGGUAUGAGAAGAAUGUGUUCCUGAACAGUCGUAUUCUCCAGAAAAGAGGUGAACAAGUGAUCAGGUCGGGUUCAGAAGUUUGAUUUUAGAUCUGUCAUUCAGCCCUUUUGACUAGGUGAUGGAGUUUAGUGGCAAAAAAUACCACUGCUGGUAAGUAAGCAAUUUUACUGUGCUGCAGGACUUUCCUUUUACCUUAUUGCCAAGCUGCGCUAUGUCAUCACAGUGGAAAUCUUAAGGGUCUUCUGGAUGUUGCUUUUCCCCUCUUGUGUAGGAAAAGGCACAAACUUCUGAUAGCAAAGUCUUGUUUGCCACUUGCAUCUGAUAACCUAAUGCAGCUUCCAAGUAGGCAUCUUGGUUUAUGUCAUCGUUCUUUUAGUACUUUCGUAAAAUGAUAGAUAACAAGCCUUCCUCCCUCCAUGCCUGCCUGGUACGUUAGAGUUAGGGUCUGGGAAGAGUAAAAAAUGUUUCAGUAAUGUUAAGAGAACUUUGACGGAACUCAAAUGGCUUGGAACUAAAGAAAACUGUUAACAUGCUUCCAUCCUUACAUACUACCCUAAGUAAAAUGUAAUCAUUGUACACUUGAUUUUCAAAUUGGAUUGCUAAGUAAGAAAAUGUAUUACUGAUGCUGCAAAAAUUAUCAACAAAACUGUGUUCAAAUUCUACUGUGUCAUGAACAAAUAUCCUCAUUCAAGGAGGGGAAGAACAAAGUAAUGUGACUUAGAGCAUUUGUACACAAAUAGG